CCUGUUGGACAUGAAGUACCAACAUAGCUUAAAACAAAUGCAAUGGUAGUCUCUCUUUUGUGGUAUAAAACCUAAGAAAGAGGCUGACUCAGCUUCCACUUAAAAUGCAACAACAGCCGUACAUGUACUUAGCUAGAGUGAGGCAGCUGAGUCAAGAAAGUAAUCGGCGUAAAAGAGCGAAGGAAAAGAAGCUGAAACAGCGAGACCUGCUGGAGCAGCAGCGACGAGAGCGAAUCUUACAGCAACGGAGGCAGCAAUUACAAGAAGCGACCGAGCGCUUCCAAAGAGCUCAUCUAGCUUCGCCUGAGAGACGUCGAGAAACUUUUAGGAGAAAGAUCCCAACGAUUGAAGAAGCUCUCAAUGAAAUUCAAAACAACUGGAGUUCAUAUGGACACUGUGCUUCAGUUGAACCACCGUUGGCAUCCAAACCAUCCAGGUAUCAGGGCGACCAUUGGUCGGAUUGCUCCAGGUCCCCCAGCCUUUCAAGCCAAGACAGUUUGGAGGAUGAAAAACCGAAACCUAAAUCUCGACAUCAUUCUAAGUCAAAGCUGGCUUCAGCAAAUCCACAUCUGAUGAAGCAAAAUAAUUAUUUACACUCGCCAGGACCGGCUACUUUCACACCUGUGGUGCAUCUUAGUAAUAACUUGAACCUUUCAAGCAAACAGUUGAAACAAAGCUUGUCUGUGGUGCAAGAGCCACACGCUGGGAAGGAAAACCGAUGGCUUCUCAAGGAAUCUAAUGAUUCCAGAAAACAUCUCGGCAACGUUGGACAUUCUAAAAGUUUAAAGCUCAUUAAUACACAGUGGAUGCAGCAGGUGAGAUGCCCUUUGUAUGCAGAUGAGGAUGAACACAAAAUCCCAGCUUCUCUAGUGGCUGCAAAAUAUGUUCAGGAGGAUGCUCUUGUUUCAGAGAGCGUUUUAGAGUCAACAAAAUUAGCUUCAGGAGUCAAAGACAGCGUUGAACUGGCCAAGAAAAAAGCAAAAAAAGAUGGUCCUACCAAGGCUGUCGUCAGGAAGGUGCGUUGGAAUGAUGAGGUGAAUAUGGAGGACAAAUGUAAGCAACAGAGCAAAGCAGAAAGCGACUGCCACUGGCCGAUGUACCCCAGACGUGGCCCCAGCAGGAUCCCGGUACGAUCCCCCCUGUAUACUCAAAUGAAGCAAGGGUGGGCAAAUGUAGGGGUGCAGGUCAACAUGCCUCUGACUCUGGAAAGUGAGGUGAAGAUUCCACCAUGCACCUGGAGCGGAAGUCCCAAGGUCUCCCGGAAGGAGCAGGUCAGACUUCAGGAGACAGAAGAUCCAUCUGUGGGGAUUGAAGUGGUAACAGCAGCCAACCGAGAUGUUGGGUGUAGAAGGACGAUACAGGAGGGAAGAAGCCUGAGCGUCAAUCACACGCCUACGGAUGAUGAAAUAUCGGAGCUGUGGCACUGUGUCCGCAGUGCGCUGGCCUCCAAGGAUGGUAUGUUUGGGCGUCGCCAAGAGGACCGGAAGCGUCCGGUCGUCACGGAAGCUGCUGGGCGAUACAAACAGACUCGGAUGUCUUUAGAAGAGCAGAAGAUUCUGCUUUCACUGGAGAGACUCAACCAGCAGCUGCACUGUGGGCAGCGCAGUGCAACCACUGUUGGUUAACAUGCACGCAGCUCGACUAAAGUUCUUUCAAAGCAACAAGAGGAGGCUACAUGGACGCCAUUGAGCAUAGUAAACUCGUAGUUUGUAGGUUACUAAAUGCCGAUGUACUUUGAAGUGUAUGACAACAGCAUUCCUUGUGUUAUAUUUUCUUAGUUUCAGCACUAACUGAAUAAUUUUCCAUAAAGGAAAACUUUUAUUUACAUAUAUUUAUAAUUCUGUGUGUAUAUUUUUGCCAUUAAAAUU